GGAUCUACGCUUCCUCUUAGCGAGCCGGGUGGCGGGUGUUUGCGUUGAAACGUGACCGUGGACCGACCUUAAAGGGGAGGGAGCAGAGCAGGGCAGGGACCCUUUAAAGCGAGGCGCACUGGUGCCUGCCCCUUUAAGGGCGGGGCGACCGCACAACUGAAUCUGAACCUCGGAUUACCAGGAGUUUCCGUCGCAGGCUGCGAAGAAAGGCUGGCUCCUCGGCUGGGUCCGGGUGCUUGGCGGCGGCGGCUUCAUCCCCGCUUGUCCUCCCCGGGCCCGGAGACACCCCCGCCCCAGUCAUGCUGAGCAGAGUAUGGAAGCAGCUGACUACGAAGUGCUAUCCGUGCGAGAGCAGCUAUUCCACGAGAGGGUCCGCGAGUGCAUUAUCUCAACACUUCUGUUUGCGACACUCUACAUCCUCUGCCAUAUCGCCCUGACCCACUUCAAGAAGCCUGCUGAGUUCACCACAGUGCUUCCACACCCAGGACCAGAGACCUCCCUGACCGCUGGGGCCCCAGAACCUGUGGAUGAUGAAGAUGCCACAGUCAACAAGAUUGCGCUCGAGCUCUGCACCUUUACCCUGGCGGUUGCCCUGGGUGCUGUCCUGCUCCUGCCCUUCUCCAUCAUCAGCAAUGAGGUGCUACUCUCACUGCCUCGGAACUACUACAUCCAGUGGCUCAACGGCUCCCUCAUCCAUGGCCUCUGGAACCUCGUUUUUCUCUUCUCCAACCUGUCCCUUAUCUUCCUCAUGCCCUUUGCAUACUUCUUCACUGAGUCUGAGGGCUUUGCUGGCUCCAGAAAGGGUGUCCUGGGCCGGGUCUACGAGACGGUGGUAAUGUUGAUGCUCCUCACUCUGCUGGUGCUGGGGAUGGUGUGGGUGGCGUCAGCCAUUGUGGACAACAACAAGGCCAGCAGGGAGUCACUCUAUGACUUCUGGGAGUACUACCUUCCCUACCUCUACUCGUGCAUCUCCUUCCUUGGGGUCCUGCUGCUCCUGGUGUGUACCCCACUGGGUCUCGCCCGCAUGUUCUCGGUCACUGGGAAGCUGCUGGUCAAGCCCCGGCUGCUGGAAGACCUGGAGGAGCAGCUGUACUGCUCAGCCUUUGAGGAAGCAGCUUUGACCCGCAGGAUUUGUAGUGAGUUGAAAUUCUUCCCAGCCGGGAUGGUGGGCGGGACUUGGGCAGAGGCAGCACCAUCCUCUCUGCCCUCAGAUCCCACCUCUUGCUGGCUGCCUUUGGACAUGGAGCUGCUGCACAGACAGGUCCUGACUCUGCAGACACAGAGGGUGCUGCUGGAGAAGCGGCGGAAGGCUUCAGCCUGGCAGCGGAACCUGGGCUACCCCCUGGCCAUGCUGUGCUUGCUGGUACUGACGGGCCUAGCUGUGCUCAUUGUGGCCAUCCACAUCCUAGAGCUGCUCAUCGAUGAGGCUGCCAUGCCCCGGGGCAUGCAGGGUGCCUCCCUGGGCCAGGUCUCCUUCUCCAAGCUGGGCUCCUUUGGUGCCGUCAUUCAAGUUGUACUCAUCUUUUACCUGAUGGUGUCCUCAGUCGUGGGAUUCUACAGCUCUCCACUCUUCCGGGGCCUGCGGCCCAGAUGGCAUGACACAGCCAUGACGCAGAUCAUCGGGAACUGUGUCUGUCUCCUAGUCCUAAGCUCAGCACUUCCUGUCUUCUCUCGAACUCUGGGGCUCACUCGCUUUGACCUGCUGGGUGAUUUUGGACGCUUCAACUGGCUGGGCAAUUUCUACAUAGUGUUCCUCUACAAUGCAGCCUUCACGGGCCUCACCACUCUCUGUCUGGUGAAGACCUUCACUGCAGCUGUGCGGGCAGAGCUGAUCCGGGCCUUUGGGCUAGACAGACUGCCAUUGCCUGUCUCCGGUUUCCCCCGGGCAUCUAGGAAGACCCAGCACCAGUGACUUCCAGUUGGGGGUGGAAGGGAGAAAACUGGACACGGCUAUCUGCUGCCCAGACCUGCAGGAACACCUGGACAGGGUGAUGGACCUUCGGACCUGAGUGGGUCGGUGGCAGAGGGGAGCUGAGCCAUCUGCACUGUUGCAUAAUCUGAGCCAGAGUUUGGGACCAGGCCCCCUUGCUUUUCCAGAUUUAACUCUGGGACUCAGCAUGGAGUGGGACUGGGUGACUGGGUUUGCUUCCUGGUCCCAAAUCCGUUUACACAUCAAUCUGCCUCACUGCUGUUCUGGGCCAUGCCCAUAGCCAUGUUUACAUGAUUUGAUGUGCAAUAGGGUGGGGUGGGGGCAGGGGAGGGACUGAAAAGGGGCAGACUUGGGGGGCAGAUUGUCUCUGCCUCUGGCCCAGAAGAACCUAAGCACUGUGCUAUCCUGAACAAGGGCGUGGGGAGGAAAAGGCCACAACCAUCAGCAAUAAAGUUGAUCCCAAGGUUU